UUUUGCUGUGGCUCUUUCCCCAACAGCUGGGUUUGGACUUGGAGGAGCUGGAAGAAAUCGAAGAAGAUGCUGGGCUCGGAAACGGAGGCCUGGGUCGUCUGGCAGCUUGCUUCCUGGACUCCAUGGCCACUCUGGGGCUGGCGGCGUACGGUUAUGGCAUCCGCUACGAGUUUGGCAUCUUCAAUCAGAAGAUUGUCGAUGGCUGGCAGGUAGAGGAGGCCGAUGACUGGUUACGCUAUGGCAAUCCCUGGGAGAAAGCUCGCCCAGAGUACAUGCUCCCCGUGCACUUCUACGGCCGCGUGGAUCACACCCCUGAGGGUGUGAAGUGGAUUGACACCCAGGUUGUCCUUGCUAUGCCUUACGACACGCCAGUGCCAGGAUACAAGAACAACACCGUAAACACCAUGAGGCUGUGGUCUGCAAAAGCGCCCAAUGACUUCAACCUCCAAGAGUUCAACGUGGGUGACUACAUCGAGGCGGUGUUGGACAGAAACCUGGCAGAAAACAUAUCCAGAGUCCUGUACCCAAAUGACAACUUCUUUGAAGGCAAGGAGCUGCGGCUGAAACAGGAGUACUUUGUGGUGGCUGCUACCCUCCAAGACAUCAUCCGCCGCUUUAAGUCCUCCAAAUUUGGCUGUCGAGACCCUGUGAGAACAUGCUUUGAAACCUUCCCAGACAAGGUUGCUAUUCAGCUAAACGACACCCACCCUGCCCUGUCCAUCCCAGAGCUCAUGCGGAUCCUGGUGGAUGUGGAGAAAGUGGACUGGGAGAAGGCCUGGGAGAUCACGAAACGGACCUGCGCCUACACCAACCACACUGUGCUGCCUGAAGCCUUGGAGCGCUGGCCGGUCUCCAUGUUUGAAAAGCUGCUGCCACGGCACCUAGAGAUCAUUUACGCCCUCAACCAAAUGCAUCUGGACCGGGUGGCAGCUCUCUACCCAGGGGACAUUGACCGUCUCCGGAGGAUGUCGGUGAUCGAGGAAGGAGACUGCAAACGUAUUAACAUGGCACACCUCUGCGUCAUUGGCUCCCAUGCGGUCAACGGCGUGGCCCGUAUCCACUCAGACAUUGUGAAGAAUUCAGUGUUCAAGGAUUUCUAUGAGCUGGAGCCGGAGAAGUUUCAGAACAAGACAAACGGGAUCACGCCGAGGCGCUGGCUCCUGCUCUGCAACCCGGGACUGGCCGACGUUAUUGCUGAGAAAAUUGGGGAAGGCUUUAUCACAGAUCUGAGCCAGCUGAAGAAGCUACUGAAUUUCAUCAAUAAUGAGACUUUUAUCAGGGAUGUGGCGAAAGUCAAACAGGAGAACAAGCUGAAGUUUGCAGCCUACUUGGAGGAGCAGUACAAGGUCAAGAUCAACCCUUCGUCCAUGUUUGAUGUUCAGGUCAAGCGAAUCCAUGAGUACAAGCGGCAACUGCUGAACUGCCUGCAUGCUAUCACCCUCUACAACCGCAUCAGAAGCGAUCCAUCCAAAUCCUUUGUGCCUAGGACUAUUAUGAUCGGAGGAAAGGCGGCCCCUGGCUACCACAUGGCCAAGAUGAUCAUCAAACUCAUCACAUCCAUCGGUGAGGUCAUCAACAACGAUCCCUAUGUGGGGGACAAGCUCAAGGUCAUCUUCCUGGAGAACUACCGAGUAUCCCUGGCUGAGAAGGUGAUCCCGGCAGCCGAUCUCUCCCAGCAGAUCUCCACAGCUGGCACGGAGGCCUCGGGUACCGGCAACAUGAAGUUCAUGGUGAAUGGGGCCCUCACUAUUGGUACCAUGGAUGGGGCCAAUGUGGAGAUGGCUGAGGAGGCAGGCGAAGAAAACCUCUUCAUCUUUGGCAUGCGGGUGGAGGACGUGGAGGCCUUGGAUCGCCAAGGGUAUAAUGCACAGGAAUACUACGAGCGCCUGCCAGAGCUGCGCCAGGCUGUCGACCAGAUCAGCAGUGGGUUUUUCUCCCCUCGAGACCCUGGUUGCUUCAAGGAUAUGGUGAACAUGCUCAUGUACCACGACAGGUUUAAGGUGUUUGCUGACUACGAGGCCUACAUUAAAUGUCAAGGUCAAGUGGACCGGCUGGUCAUGGACCCCCGGGAGUGGACUAGGAAGGUCAUCAGGAACAUUGCAUGCUCGGGCAAGUUCUCUAGCGACAGGACCAUCAUGGAGUAUGCCCAGGAGAUCUGGGGUGUGGAACCAUCUGCUACAAAAAUCCCCCCACCCAACCUCCCACGGGAUUGAGGCAAGCACAGAAGAAAGGAAUGCAGGAUGGGCUCCCACCCCAGGAGGCCUCACCUGUAUUUCACCGCCA